CGUUGGGCUCGGCCGCUCGUCUCGGUGCCGCCAUGUGGUCCGUGCUGUGGAGCGCCGUGCGAACCCACGCGCCUUACGUCACCUUCCCCGUGGCCUUCGUGGUGGGUGCCGUUGGAUACCACCUGGAGUGGUUCAUCCGCGGCCCCAGCCCGCCGCCGGCCGAGGAGGAGGAGAAAAGCAUCUCGGAACGGAGGGAGGAUCGAAAACUGCAGGAGAUUGCGGGCAAGGACCUGACCGAGGUGGUGAGCCUCAAGGAGAAGUUGGAGUUUGCCCCUCGGGCGGUGCUGAACAGGAACCGGCCCGAGAAGAGUUGAUGGAGCUGUCGGUUCUGCCAGCUGAAGCUGAGGACUCCCAGCUGGCCCUGGGCUGUGCACAGCAGCACUGUGCUGGGGCUCCUCUGCACCUGCACACCUCUGCCCACCACCCCGUCCUGCACCUGGCUGUGCUCGGGCUGUUCUCUGCCUCUACGUCACCCUCCCUGGGCUCUGCAGACCUGUCAGGGUUUACCUACCCCGUGAAUGUCUCCAGGACUGCAGCCGGACCCUGUCCUCCACAGCUGGUGGGGAACGGGGCAAUGGUUUGGAGAUGGAAUGUGUGAAACUCACCAGCUCUCAACCCAUUCUGGCCCUGGCAGCACGAAACCUUCAUGGCUUUAUCCGCCACACGUGUCGCUUUAGGUUUGAUUUCUUUGUGGGCAUGGAAACAGAAGAGAUCUGCUCUGUACUGUAUGUUUGGACCUGAGUGAUAUGGGGUAGGGUAGGCUGACUGCAGGGCGAGGAGGACCUGCCCUCCUACUUCCAUCUCCUCUUGCUCUUUGUGAACCCAGACUGGUUUGCCAGAGACCUCAGCACCUCACCAACAUGUUAUCACCAUGAGACCCAGUGUCCAGUGGGGAUCCGAAAGCUCUCUGCACCAUCCUGGGGCUUUGCAGCAGAGAAAUGGACCAGGAGGCAGACAUCUCGGCCCUGCAUCCAUUGUGGAGCUCAGAGGUGUAGAGAAUGAGAACUCUUGCUUUGCACAGGCACAGCCAGAUUAAACUUCUGUGAGUCCUGGGCC